ACAGCAUGUUGUUGAAGCGCAACAAGUUCAUCUAUCACUACAAGAACCUGCGCUGGGCCCGGGGUCGGCACGAGACCUACCUGUGCUACAUAGUCAAGCGGAGAUACAGCUCAGUGUCCUGCGCGUUGGACUUCGGGUACCUGCGGAACCGCAACGGCUGCCACGCUGAGAUGCUCUUCCUGCGCUACCUGUCUAUAUGGGUGGGUCACGACCCCCAUAGGAACUACCGGGUCACGUGGUUCAGCUCCUGGAGCCCCUGCUAUGACUGUGCCAAGCGCACCCUCGAGUUCUUAAAGGGGCACCCCAACUUCAGUCUGCGCAUCUUCAGCGCCAGGCUCUAUUUCUGCGAGGAGCGCAACGCGGAGCCGGAGGGGCUGCGGAAACUGCAGAAAGCGGGGGUGCGACUGUCUGUCAUGAGCUACAAAGAUUAUUUCUACUGCUGGAACACCUUUGUGGAGACCCGGGAGAGCGGCUUUGAAGCCUGGGAUGGAUUACACGAGAACUCGGUCAGACUGGCCCGGAAGCUGCGGCGCAUCUUGCAGCCGCCGUACGACAUGGAGGAUCUGAGAGAAGUGUUUGUUCUCCUUGGGCUUUAA